GUCCCAGAACAGGGGGUUGUGAGUCGUGACGCGCCCAGAAAUGUUCCGUGUUUGCAGACAUCAUACAUACAAUGAUGCCAGAGUUGCAUGGGGAUUUUUAGCCUCUUGCACAGCGCCUUUCUAUAUUUCGCUCCUGGCCUCGGAAUUCAAGGGUGGAGCAAGCCAUGGCAGAGGAACAAAAAAUAUGUCUGGGUUCUGGGUUUCCAUAACAUCCGCAGGUAAUACGGGGCACUCCACUGGAGAAAUGCGGUUAGUUUAUUCCCACGAACGCUGGCUGACGGACUGACUCCACGGGCCACGGCUGCUGGAGUUAGACUGGACCAGGAAUAGGGAAUAUCGCCCGCCCAAAAGGAUGAUUGAUGGCUUGUUGUGUUUUUAUUUGUGCUCACAGUGUCAUUCAAGCCCAUCAUCUUACGGUGCACCUCUCCCUUGGUUUCUCGGUGCUGAGGAGCGUCUUACCAGACCUGUGCCACAAUUUUUCUUCUGGAUUCAAAAUGUUGGAUCUUAUUACAAACUGCCCCGACGGGGCCGUGGCCCGUCCACCCGUUAACUACGGAGUAAGCUGUCUUGAGUCACAAAAAAGAUGCCACCUCAGCGAAAGCGGCAAAAAUGGGGGGGAAAAAGAAAAAAAAUUCCAAAAGCAAACCACACAUGCCAGUGUCCACCAGAGAAAUCGAGCUACCUAGGUAGUAGUGGAUACCUGAGAAACUUUUGCUCUGCAGCGUGGUUUUGCGCACAGAUAGUUAAACCUAACAGCUCAACGAUAAGCGUGGACACAUCGCAAGGCCUUGAGAUCACUGUUAUAAGAGAAAAAGAGGGGCAGUCCAGUCCGUGUAGGAUGUCUCCGUCUACGACAAUCAUUUAUCAAACCCUGUUCUGUUACUUCUGUAUCAAGGGGUGGGUGGUGCGUGAGGGCGGUCAGGAAAACAAAAGUUGCUUCUUCGUUUCGUCGUACCUGGGUUUGUCCAUCCUGAGCAAGUUCCGACUUUCUCCAUCCGCAUUGAAAUCCAUCUCUCCAUAUGAGGACAAGAAAGUUGUUGGCAAACUAGCAUUCUUCUUGUGGGUCAGGUGUCCGGGGCCGCAAGAAGAAAAACGAUGUAUAUGCGUGGGAAAAAAAGCUGGGAUCUAAACUUUUGUUGCCCUGGUCAAGCAAGUUACGUGAGGACGAAGCUGAAACUAAUGUGCGAUGGAAAGCAAAACAUUCAAGCCAAGGAAAUCCGUAGCGCGCGCUGUAACCGCUUCGUAAUCGAAGAAUGCAUGAUGCCGGUGAUAGGAGACCACCCCACCACCGCAAAGAAAGGAUGGGACCGGGGCAAAUUACCCACCCUGCCACUGUCAAAUUUUGGAUAUUGAGGGGGGCUGGAGUCCUUUUUUUAACUAUGGAUUUAGCUAAAGGUUGCUGGGAAGAAUAGCCAGCUGCAAGCUGCAGCCGAUAUUUAGGGGGGUUCUAGCCCCCAACUAGGGAACCACGCUAGGCUAGGCAUUCUUCUUUACAAACUUGUGCCCAGAGGGCCAGAGUUAGGCGUCGUUAGGCGUGCGUGGGCGUCGCUCGGCGAAGUCGGUGCUCGCCUUCAAGGAUAAGUUAGGAAUAAAAUACUGCGUACGUUUUUGUUCCUGCUUCUGCGGGGGCAAUAAUUCGUCCCAUGUCCAAGGAGAGCGGUACCACGGUACCAGCACCCAGCCGUUGGUGAUCGAUUUGCUCAUUCUUCGCUUCGAGACCUAGAACAUAUUCCAAUCUUCUCAAUCUUACCAACGGAAGGCUUCAUAGUUAGCCCUGAGUGGUAGGGGUGGUUGGGUGUUAAAUGAGAGAUCCCGGUGAUGUAACUAUGUACAGCACUUUUAUGCACAUUUUCUUAUCACAAGUCAGCCGUUUUGUCUGAAUAUUAUUCUUCAAAAACAACUUUGCAGGAGGGGCUCUCAGCUCCCAAGAGCAGUCCAGUCCAGUCCGCUGUGAGAAAUCCGCCCAAGCACCUGGCACGGGCGAAGUACGCUGUAUGAUCCUCACCUUUAGCUUCAUUUUCGACUGAUAUCCAAGGCAUAAAGGGGCUGCCUUCUGAGCUCAUGUUUAUCAUGGCUCACCGCUCAGCAUUUUGGCUCUUUGGGGAAUCAGGUUCAUGAUUUUGAAGAUUAUUUAUUUUGUAGUUACACCUGACACAAAGAAGCCAAUGAAAGGAACAGCUGUGCUGUGAACAGCAAUAGAAUUAUGAAGAAAGCCUGCACUUACAUGCGAUUUGACAUGAUACGCAACCAGUGUGAUUCUGAGGAUUGAAAGAUGGAGGAGAGUGUGUCUGUUAUUAUGAUUCAUCAGCAGAAUCUUCAAAAAUCUAGCCUGUGGUUUAUGCACAAUAAUACAUACAUAUCACUUGCAUACACCUCGCCGCGAUAGGUUUAGUGUUGGCCGCAAUUCUCAGAAGCUGCGUCGAUUGGGAGACGGAUAUGUUGUUUCAAGUAGCCCUUGGCUUCCCGUGUGGACCCAUUUAGCAAAAAUAAUCAAAAUGAUAAGGGAAUGGAAUGGUUGAAGUAGAGGCAUCAGUUUGUUCGUGGAAUCAUGGUUAUCAUCCGUAAAGCGUAUUCGUAUCGAACAAUCCAUCCAUCCCUCCUCCACACAUUACGCAGUAGUGACGACGAUUCAACUAUCAUUCAAUCACCAUGGCCCCAGUGAUCCCAACCAAAUGCUAAAAGACAACUUCUCCACUAUGCUAUGCACCAUUACAUUACUCCGUAGUUAGCGGAGCUUGAUAGGCAUAUCAUAUCAAGACGCCACAAUGCGGGUGGGUUGCCGUCUACGGUUGGAGCCUUUUCUGAUAGUGAUGGGAUGGUUGUCUGAGCCCUAACGAACUGGUCCAAGAGUCAACGCACAGCCCGGAUCCGCUUGAACCCCCCGCUGAACUUGGAUGGCUAGCAAUCUCAACACGGAGAAAUUGGAUAGAUACAAUAAAUCAUGCAAGCAAAGAGUCAAACUUUGGGAGGUGUCGGUAAAUUUAUGCAGCCAGACCCCAACCAUGAAUCAGACAAACUCCCUGUUGCUUGGAAGCUGUGAUAUUUACUAUUGGCAGCGGAGGCAUAUCAAACAGAGACCGGUCCUGCAUUAAUGAUUGACUUCUACGAAUAUUGGUCGCGAAGUCUAGGACGAGGCCGGCAUUGAUAAAGGCUCCACCAAAGCCGUUGUUGUGCCAUAUACACAGUACAGCAGGAUUUGAGGCUGAAGCAGAGACUGGGUUCGGAUGUGCAAAGCUGAUUGCCGUGAGCCCUGUAUUAUUGAUGGAAUAAUAAACAUUCAAGGUUGCAGUCUAGUCUCAGACAUGAGGUCAACAGAGUGUUUGGCUCAUCGGGAUCCCAGCAUGUACAGUAUUCCCACCGCUCAAGAACGGCAUCUUACAAGUUCUCAUAUGAGUUCGCACCAGCUGAUCAGCAUCCAUGGGCAACUUCGGCAUUCGAUUUCCCUCUGCCUAAACUAACAACAUAAUAAUAACUAUUGCUCAUGGUUCCCUCCAUGAUAUCCUAAACUUCCAGUCCCCAGAGGCUCACCUCAGCGCCCUUUGACAUUGGCAAAAAAACGCAGAACCCGAAGACGUUAUCUAAAUUCAAGGAAGACAGUCGAUGAAGAAACGGGAUGAUUAUCAGAGUGCAUGUCUCGUUCCGGCAACCAAAGGAGAUUCUGGAGCCCUUGAGAUAAAAAGGCAGAUUAAUUAACGCGCUAAACGCUAAGCUCUCCUGAUCAUUCGGCCCAUAACAAAGCGAACAGUCCUUACUCCCGUUAUUCCUCCUCUGGACAGCGAUUUGUAAAGCCGAGCCAAUGAAAUUUUCAGGUGGCCCCACCGAGGCAAAACCCUCUAGAGAAGCCCGCCGGUAACAGUCCUGUCUACGCAGCGUAGUGUCAGCAUCGAAUUCAUUAUUAUUGGUUCACGACAAUAGUGCGUGCUGGCAUGAAUGUUCACAAGCUGAGGGUUCGACGAAGGAAAAAAGAAAGGUAAAAUUAUAAAAGAAAAAGAAAAAGAAAAAGA